CUCAGAAAAGCCCCUUGGAUGGAAGGGCCUUAGGAGAUCAGGUGUCCCAUUCUCAAGUCCUCAAGGAACCCAGAGAUGCUGUGGCUGCUGUUGGCCCUGCUGUUGGCAGCUCACACACCAACACCUGACAUCCACAUCCAGGGGAUUUUGAAAUCUGGCCACCUCAACAACAUUACCUGUACAGCGUCAUGGGACUGUGACAGAGGGACACCCAUCUUCUCCUGGAUGGGGGCCAACCGCACUCCCCUGGGUCCCCUGACUCCCAACUACUCAGUGUUCACCUUCACAUCAGGGCCCCAGCACCACGGCACCAACCUCACCUGUCGGGUGGCCUUGGAGGGUGCUGAGAUCAAGGAGAAGACCGUCAAGUUCAACGUUACCUAUACUCCAUGGAAACUGACUAUCUGCGUGUUCCAGGGAAACAGCACAGACACGACAGAGACCUGGACCUGGGCCAGCCUCCUCUGUGACCUCCAGCCUCCAGUUCCAGAGGUUCUGGGCAACACCACCUCCCUGCAUGUCCAGGAGGGCCAGUCCCUGCACUUGGUCUGUGAGACAGAUGGCAAUGACCCGGGGAUGCCAAGCUCGUCCAGGAGGAGCCUGACUCUGAGCCCCUUCAAGCCCUCGGACCCGGGGAUCCUGGAGCUGCCUCAGGUCAUGGUGGCAGAUGCAGGGGAGUUCACCUGCCAAGCUCAGCACCUGCAAAUCUACCAUGUCUCCCUGAACCUAGCUGUGCAGGGUGUUUCCUGUACCUCCCACCAGGUCUGUGGGGAGCAGCAGGGCUCCUGGCCCCUGGUCCUCACCCUGAUCAGAGGGGCUCUCAUGGGGGCUGGCUUCCUUCUUACCUAUUGCCUCACCUGGCUCUACUACACCAGGUUUAGAGGCUCCUUAGAGGAAGAAGCUGCAUGAGGAGAUUGAGCCCUGUCCUGGAGGUGAUGCUAGGGUCUGGGCUCCAGAGCCCUAGCAGGUGGAGAAGGAUCGAUCUCACCAUUGUGUCCCAUUCAGAAAUCACCAUUCACCUCUGGUUCCCACGACUCUUUCUGGUAGCUUCAUUUCAGUGGAUGGAGGGCCAGUGGGAGCUGGAUAAAG